AUGACAGAAGAUGCGAAUGCCCAAUUGGGCAUUCAUCUAGAAGACCUGAGCAAGAAGACACCACCUAGUCCAUUCUUGUUUCCUCGAAGCUUUCUUAAUAUGCACUUGCUGUAUAAUAUGGUUGGUGUACAUCCAUUUUUACCAGUAUAUCCUCCUCAAAUUCUGCAAUGGCAGCAGCCUAAUCCGAUUACCGAGUCUUGUAUGGGCAAAUUCUUUCUUUCAGCUGCAAUGGGUUAUGUGAUGGGUAAUGCGUUUGGAUUAGUAUUGGGCAGCUACGAAGGUAUUACACCACCUGUACCGCUUCCUGGACAAAGAGAAUUACCAAAAGUACCAUGGCGUGAAUCACUGGCGGGAUCGUGGCGAGUUACAGCGGGCAAGUGCCGCUACUGGGGCAAUAAUUUUCUCGUCAUUUCAGCCAUGUUCUCGGGAUUGGAAUGCACGGCCGAGAAAAUUCGUGGACGGCACGAUGUGGGUAAUGAGUUGGUUGCGGGCUGUGCAACGGGUGCAGCACUUGCAGCAGGUCAGGGAUUCCAAGCGCAAUGUCUCGGAUGUGCGGGUUUUGCUGCAUUCUCACGUGUAGCCGCCGCCUACGGCUGCACGUCGCGGGUGCGAGGUAAUCGUUCGGACUACUCAAGUCGAUCGAACCUCGAGGUGCUGCGUUUGUAUAUUAUUCCGCUCGUUGCAUACUUUGCGGAGUUGACGGAGCGACGAAAGCAUCCUAGAUUAUGUCAGGUUAACGUGACGGCGAGUGGAAAGAGCAACCCGCAGCAUGGAAUGGGCGUUUUGUUAAGGGUACCUGAGGACAGAACAUUUGCUGCGAUUGAACUGAUGGCUUCAUUGUAA